AUGACCCGAGACGCACAAGACGCACAGAUUCACGACGCUGAAGAGCUCGAAAGACUCCGAGAGGAAGCCGGAAUCACCAAAAACCCGAUCGACGAGCCAGACUACUGGAGGAAGAUCAAAUCGGCGAUCAAGAUGGACCCGGUGACUCAGUUCCCGCAGGAAUCGAAGGGACGAAUGCUCAUUCGACUCAGACUGAAGAUUGGAGACAGAUUCAAAAAUCUUCUCGAGCAAAUGGUCGAAGGAAUGGGACUCACCGACCCCAACGCUCAGAUGUCCCUCGAUGGCUGGCAGAAAUCCAUCAACGACAUCUCCCGAGUCCUCUCCGAGCUCGUGCGCGAAGAAAACCAGAAAAUCGCCGAGGACGACCGAGCCCAGUCAGACCAGAGUCUCUUCUACGGCUGCCUCAACGCCGCCAAAGCCGCCAUGGACGUCCACCCGCUCCUCAACAUCGUCUACAUUGAGGAGUCACUCGUGAUCCCGGAAGGAAGACUCCCAGCGUAUCAAGAAAGAGUCUCAGCUCUCAAGGAAAAGGGUCAAAUUAAAACUCUACACAUUAAGUCGAGCCUUACAACUUUAAAAAACCCUUUCAAAAGUCAAGAGCGGACUUUCUCCUCCGCCAAGAUCGACUCCCCAAAGAUGGCAAAGACUCUCUGCGUAGCUGGAAGAAGCAAAGACGAAACGAGUACGUCAGCGAUGGAGUCCCCAAAGACAUUGCAGCUACGCUGGCAAGACGCGAUUCAAGGACCAUCGGCUGGACGUCGCGACGAGACGGAAUGA